UUUAGAAGGAAAUCAGCAUUCCUUCAAUGGCACAGGAUACCAUUGGAGUUGAUUCACAACAAAAACAUCUCGGUCGCUUAAAAGAUCAAGUUCGAUUGGUUAAAAGGAAAGACUGCGAACGCUAUGAGGUUUCUCCAAUCCAGAACAAACUAUCAUUUGAGAAUGGUUUCUCUAUAGUGUUCCAUGCAUUCCAAUUGUUGGUCCAGAAAAAUGAUGGAAUGAUAUUAAUAGGGGUAGGGGGUCCUUCUGGGGCUGGAAAGACUGUGUUUGCCGAAAAGAUAUUCAACUCCAUGCCCGAUAUUGCAGUCAUUUCAAUGGACAAUUACAAUGAUUCUAGUCGAAUUGUCGAUGGAAACUUCGAUGAUCCACGCUUAACAGACUACGAAACAUUGCUCCGAAAUGUUCAUGAUUUAAAGGCAGGAAAGCCAGUCCAAGUUCCCGUGUAUGAUUACAAAUCCAGUUCACGUACAGGAUACAGGACGGUUGAAGUUCCGAGCUCUCGAAUUGUGAUUAUAGAGGGCAUUUAUGCUUUGAGUGAGAGGUUGCGACCUCUACUAGACCUUCGAGUAUCUGUAACUGGUGGUGUUCAUCUUGACCUUAUUAAACGAGUUAUACGUGAUAUACAACGUGCUGGUCAAGAACCUCAAGAAAUUAUUCAUCAAAUAUCUGAGACGGUAUAUCCAAUGUACAAGGCUUAUAUUGAGCCAGAUCUCCAAACUGCACACAUAAAAAUAAACAACAAGUUUAAUCCAUUUUUCGGAUUCCAAAGCCCUACUUACAUUUUAAAGUCAACCAGGAAAGUAACAGUGGAUCAAAUCAAAGCUGUUCUCUCCCAAAAUUUUGAGGAAACAACUGAGCAAACAUAUGACAUAUAUCUUCUACCACCUGGUGAAAAUCCAGAGAGCUGUCAAUCAUAUUUACGGAUGCGAAAUAAGGAUGGGAAAUACAGUCUCAUGUUUGAGGAAUGGGUGACUGAAGAUCCAUUUGUCAUAUCACCGAGAAUUACUUUUGCGGUCAGUGUGCGUCUUCUUGGUGGACUGAUGGCCCUUGGAUACACAAUAGCAACUAUUCUUAAAAGAAGUAGCCAUGUCUUAUCUGAUGAUAGGAUUUGCGUUAAACUAGAUUGGCUUGAGCAAUUAAAUCGACAUUAUGUUCAGGUACAAGGAACAGAUCGAUUAGUUGUAAAAAACAUAGCACAACAAUUGGGUUUGGAAGGUUCGUACGUUCCCCGUACCUACAUUGAGCAGAUUCAACUUGAAAAGCUUGUAAUGGCCAUGCCAGAUGAUUUAAGGACAAAACUCAACCUUCAUGAGGAUUUGUGGUCAAACCCCAAAGCAGCAUUUUUAAGAACCUCUAGUGACCGGGUUCCCAUGAGACAUAUACGUAUGAGAAGUGAUAUAUCGCAGUCAAGUUCAAAUCAAAAAGAUGAGAAUCAAGCAAAAGUAACUGGUUUCGUUUCGAACAAUCGAGGAUUUCAUAAAAGUAAUUCAGAUUCUGAAACGAAACAGGAAAAUCAGGGUGCCAUCACUCACCUCUCAGAACAAAUUUCAUCGCUACAUGAUAGAAUGGGCGAGUUUACAAAUCGUAUUGAAGAGCUGAACUCAAAGUUAACCAUCAAGAAAAAUUGUCCAAUUCAACAAAAUAUGUCCGUGCAAGCCGAGUCCUAUGAUGGUUCUGCUCCCACGUCUUAUUUCAUCACUAGUUUAAAUAAUGGUUCCCUAAAUGGACUCUCAUCACAAUUAGCUAAGGAAUCACAUUUAAGUGAUGAGAUAUCAGGUAUUGCACGGUGCCAGCGCCAUAUAAUGAAUCAGUUAGAUAAUUUGAACAAUCUUUUUUGUCGAAAUUUGGAAGAGAAGCCUCAUCAGACAAGAAACAACUUGAAAAGUGUAGACUCUUCUUCAGAUUCGGGUGGUCGUCAUAUAAUGGUGGCGGUGGCUAUUGGUUGUGGUUGUUUGGGAAUCUUCUUAAUGAAGAAGGAUCAUUUGAAAUCUUCAAGGAUAUCAAACUCUGGUAAAGAAGGCACUGUCACCAUGGAGGAAGUUCAAGCGGCUUUAAGACCCAAGGAGUUGACCAAGUCCAAGAACUUGAGAGCGGAUGAAAACAGUGAAGGCCUAAGUGUUUCAAGAGGAAAUGGUGGUGGUAGAGGUAACCACGGAAGCUCAAAGAGAGGCAACAAGUUAAAGUAUAAAUGCUUUAAGUGUCACAAGAUGGAUCACUUCAAAAGGGAUUGUCCGGAGGACAUUGAUAACUCCACGCAAGUUGUCUCUGAGGAUUAG